AUGCCUGAUCCUUUGGCUGUUUAUGUACCUGUAGCAGCCCUCACCAAACCAGUGGUGCGUUCCAUUCUUUUUGCUGUAUUGGAGCAUGAAAGACGAGAUUGGAACCAUAGUCGCCGUACUCUACUUGCUUUCUUACUGGCACUGAAUAAAAAACUCGAGGAAAUUGAAGCAAGUGCAGAGACAAGGCACAAAAUCGGCGAUCAAAUCAUUCGACAAGUUGAUGAUAUUCGCCAAUGGCUUGUCUAUGAGGACGAUUCUGGUAACCGUGUAGAACCAAACUGGGAUGAACUUCGAGCAACAUAUCAAAAGAUGAUUGCUGAUAAAGUGGAUGAUACAUGGACAUAUUAUGGUGGUCACAGAACUAAGCCAUACUACGAAUUGAUUAUCAGUGUGUCACAUCCUGAUAUUGAACGAUCUCGAGUUUACAUGACUCGUACUCGUCAGAAUGGUUUUCAAUCCAAUGAGCUUAAAUUAUAUUGGAAUGCUGAACAAUUGGAAAUUCUUUGUCCAAAAUUUGGAUCACAAGGAGAUAAAGUUUUUCAACCACCGCAUGAUCCAUCGGAUGCUGAUGCUGUCGAAGGUCUUUGUCAAUAUCCUGUGUGGCAGCGAAAUCAUUCAGGAAAAAUCACUUACGUCACGAAGGGCAUUGAAAAAACUGUUUUUGACGUCCCUAAAGACGCCCAAAUUAUUCUAUUGAGUUUCGCAGAUGAACAAUCGCCUGGCGGUGGUUAUUUGAUACGGGCAUUUCCACAUAUUCUCAAUCUUUCAUUUGGACUUAUGACAGUCAAAAAUGUCCAUACAAUUCGAAUUCGACCAACGACUAUAACAAACAUGACAGGACCAACAACGUCAACAAGUCGAGAGCUUCAACAACAGCAAAACAAUAGACGACGUACAGAAGGUCAACUCAUUCGCAUGCUCUUAACACAAGUAUUGAUUAGUAUAAUAUUCUUUGGUCCAUAUGCUACUUUUCGUCUGCUCAUUUUUUUCAAACUUAUUCAGGUGACAGGCAUCGUGAGUUUUGGUUAUCGUCUUUCUGUGUCAUGGAUGAGUCUCGCUUAUGGAACAUCUCUUUUUGCUUAUAUACUCAGUGGAACUAUUUAUCGCGCUGAACUAUUCACAGUCUUCAAGAAAACUCUUGAAUAUUUGAAAAGAAUGACGCCAUAA